AUGGCGGGAAUUCCUCAUGACUUCACCGCGUCGGACCUGCAUCAUCUCCUCUUUGAGCGCAUUCUCGGCGAAGAAGGCGACGGCGGCGGAGGUGGUGAGAAGAAGACAAGCGGCAUGUAUAACUACAUGGUUUACUCGCCGAGCUACUACAUCGCUACAGUGACCGCCUUGAUUGUCAUCGUUUCACUGCUCUUCGAAAAAUUCAUCCACGUCAUCCACCACGGCCAGGAGCCGUUGAUGUCGCCUUCAGCCAUCCACCAAUUGCAUCUCUUCAUCUUCUUCCUCGUUGCCGGUCACAUCGUCUACACCUGCAUCACCAUUGUCAUCGCCCGUGCCAAGGUGUCCACGUGGCACAGGUGGGAGAACAAGUGUCAAGAGAAGAUGAAGCAAAGGAAGGGCGCGGUAUCAGGUCAGCUCACCCGCGCCCUGCAAGACCGUAGCUUCAUUCUCCGCCGCACAGGGCCCCUUGCCAGCUUUCGCCGCCGCGUGGCACCUGACGUGGCAAAUGCCGGUUCCAGCUCAGCAGGUGCCGGAUAUGACGUGGAGCAGCCCCCUUCCGGCGUGGGGCAGGAGCCAGAGCUGGCGAGAACCUUCCAGGAAGUUGUCAAGGAGGGGGAAGAGGCGAAAGCUCAGGGGAGUCAGGAGCAGCAGGUUCGGGAGCAGGCUCGGGCACAGGAGGCUCAGGAGCCUGCUCGGCGAGGCUCGAAGUUGCAAGUUCACUAUAGCGAUGAGGAUGACGUGGCAGAGGAGGAAGAGCCGGAGCAUUUCACGUGGAUAGGGGAGGAGGAGGAGGAGGGGGAUGACCUGGAUACGGUAUAUGAGGACGAGGAGGAGAGAGAGGAGGAGGAGAAGGAGGAGAAGGAAUGGAGGAGGCAGAAGGGGAUGAAGGAGGGAGGGGCAGGGGAGAAGGGGAAGAAGCGGCUGACUCGGCUGGCAACGAUGGCGAGGAGAGAAGCGAGCACUGAGCUGACCGUGUGGCAGUCGCUGGUGCUCACUGUGCAAUGCUUUUCCCAGCAACUGUUCAACCCGAUCACCCGGUCUGACUACUACACUCUCCGGCUUGCAUUCAUUCAUAAUCAGGACCUUCCUCGAGACUUCGAUUUCUAUCACCACGUGGUUGGCUCCCUGGAGAAGGACUUUGUCCACAUCGUCGGCCUCAGCUUGCCUCUCUGGAUCACUCUCGUUAUUGUCAUUUGCAUCACAAGCUACAAGUGGGACAUCUCAUUCAUCUUUUCCGUUCUCGGCCUCCUGAUCGUGCUGGCAGUGGGAACGAAGCUGGAGUACAUCGUAUCGCUGCUGGCUCUAGAGAGUGCGCAUGUGACUGGAGACUGCGAGGGCGACCACUUAAAGCCCCGAGGCUCGCUCUUCUGGUUCAAGCGACCCUCCUUCAUGCUGUCUUUGCUGCACUUCGCUCUCUUCAUUAGCUCGUACAUGGUCGGCAACCUAGUCGUCUACUAUUAUCUAGUGCUGAACCAAUCACAGUGCAAGAGCUACUCCGCCUGGGUGCCGUGGCUUAAGUUUAUAAUUGGCAUCGCCACUGUACUCAUCUGCAGCCUCAGCACGCUGCCGCUAUACGCCCUCCUAACCCAC